GGGGCCGCACUGCGCCGCCCGCCGCUCGCCCGCCAGCCGCCGGCGCCGGCACCGCCGCCCAGCGGUCUGGCCGCGGCGGCUCAGAGCGCGGCUGCGGCGGGCGCGGGCGCCGGCGGCACCCUCCCGUCCGUCUGUCCUGGGAGCUUCGCCUGCGCGCCGACCCGCGGGGGGCCAGCAAGCUUUCCGGCCCGCAGCGGGGGCGGGGACGCCAGGCCAGCGGCCCCUCCGACCCCCACGGUGGUCGGCCCCAGGCCCAUGCCGUGAGACCGGGAGGCGCCGCCAGCAUGCCGUGGGACACGCGGCGGCCUGGGGGCGGCGCGAACGGCGGGCCUGAGGGCGCGGGCGCAGCGCGCUCGCGGGCGCAGAAGCAGUGUCGCAAGUCGUCGUUCGCUUUCUACCAGGCCGUUCGCGACCUGCUGCCCGUGUGGCUGCUGGAGGACAUGCGCGCUAGCGAGGCCUUCCACUGGGACGAGCGCGGGCGCGCCGCCGCCUACUCGCCGUCGGAGGCGCUGCUCUACGCCCUCGUGCACGACCACCAGGCGUAUGCGCACUACCUACUGGCCACGUUCCCGCGGUGCGCGCUCGCGCCGCCCAGCGCCGGCUUCCGCUGCUGCGCGGCGCCCGGGCCGCACGUGGCGCUGGCCGUGCGCUACAACCGUGUGGGCAUCCUGCGCCGCAUUCUGCGCACCGUGCGCGACUUCCCGGCCGAGGAGCGCGCGCGCCUGCUCGACCGGCGAGGCUGUAGCCGCGUGGAGGGCGGCGGCACGUCGCUGCACGUGGCCUGCGAGCUGGCGCGCCCCGAGUGCCUCUUCCUGCUGCUCGGCCACGGCGCCUCGCCCGGCCUGCGCGACGGCGGCGGCCUCACGCCGCUCGAGCUGCUGCUGCGUCAGCUGGGCCGUGAUGCCGGGGCCGCCCCCGCUGUCGGGGCGCCAGCGCUCGGGGAGCCGCGCCAGCGCCGCCUGCUGCUGCUUGACUUACUGGCGCUGUACACGCCGGCGGACGCAGCCGGCCCGGCCCGCCGCGAGCUGCUGGGCGACCGGCCGCGCUGGCAGCGGCUGCUGGGCGAGGACAAGUUCCAGUGGCUGGCGGGCCUGGCGCCACCCUCGCUCUUCGCGCGCGCCAUGCAGGUGCUGGUCACCGCCAUCUCGCCCGGCCGCUUCCCCGAGGCCCUGGACGAGCUGCCGCUGCCGCCCUUCCUACAGCCACUGGACCUCACGGGCAAGGGCUAGACUGCGGGGGCACCCCGUGUGCUGGAUUUUUGGAGAAUACUAUUUUUCAGAGCGUUGUACCCGGCACUUUACAUAUAUUGUUCUCUGGACAGCAGAA